CACGGAAGGGAUACAUGUACUUGAGGAUCCUAAGAAAAGGCGGAAGCUCAAUAAAUCAUGAGACAUAAACUCAGGGACAUGGAGGAUGUGCAUACGGAUACGAGUGCGGAACACACUACCGAGGAUGAGUGUUUCGAUCACAAAAAGGAACAACGGCAAAUGGUUAUGGCUCGCCGUGAAGAAAAAGGUAUACAAACGUCAAUUGCAAGUAAGAACUUGCAGACGAAAAAGAGGAAAGGAAGGGGACCUACAAAGUCACUAGGGAAACCCACCCUAAUGACUUUGGAGUACGAUCAAUUGGGGCAACCUUGUGGAAAAUGGCGUCAAAAGUAUGCCAUGCAAAUUGGGAUUUGCAUGCAUAAGCUCUCCAUUCUCCACUCAUGGAAAGAGGUCCCCGAGUCUUUGAAGAAGAUGAUUUGGGAAGAUACUAUGAAUCAAUUCCAUAUUCCAAAUGAUGAAGCGAAGAAGAAUUUGUUUCUAUCCGCAGUUGCCCAAAGGUUCCGAGACUUCAAGGCCAAGCUAGUGUCGGGGUGGAUCACGAAGCGGAGAAAAGUCGGGGGAACAAAGAAGAAGAAAAUCUACGACGGGGAAGCAACACCUUCUUCUGAGGCUUCACAUGACACAUCAUUCGAGGAUCCCUCCAAGCUUCCAUAUCAGAUAUGGAGGCAUAUCACAGCUGAGCAGUGGCAUGCAUUUGUUGCACAAAAAACAACUACCCCAGAAGUUGUUGUAAGAAUUUUUUACUAGCUAAGAUUUAAUACUUCAGAUCCAAUAUUAUAUAACACCAUAUCUAACCUUUGUUUAUAUUUGUGUGUUUCAGGCAAUUCGUGAGAAAAAUAGCGCGAAUGCAAAAUCUAGGAAGCACUAUCACCAUCUGGGUGCUCAGUCGUAUGGUCAGGCGAGAGAAUCGUGGAUGUAUGACCAUUACCCCACGAUUGCGUCGACCACGACAUCGGGCACUAGCUCUACGACGACAGUUGCACAGCGGCAACCAGAUAGAGUGCUCGAUUGGUGGUGUUCCAUGCAUGGGGUUGAUGCAAAGGGACAGAGAGUCAUACCUGAUCCCGGAACAAAACAGAUAGCUAAUGCCAUUAUUGGCUUGAAGGAAAAGGAGGCAGCUGGUGAGUUCACUCCUAGAGGACAAGUUGAUGCCUUACACGAGACUCUAGGACGGGACCAGUAUGGACGUGUGAGGGGCGUAGGAGGUGUCCGCCUCGGGGUGAGAAAGGUGUAUGGUGAUCAAUACACCUCUACGUCCAGAUCCACUACCUCCAGUGUCAAUUCAUCACCUUCCAUAGAUGUGGAGGCUAUGAAAGCCGAACUUCGGGAGGAGCUCAGAGCGGAGAUGACUCAGAAUUUCAACGCCAUUUUGGCGCAGAUGGGCUUACCGACUUUUGGUGCUUUCACGCAGGGCAAUGUUCCUAUGCAGCCUGUUCCU